CUACAAAUGUGCUCACUGUCCGUGAAGGCAGCGCCGAUGACACGGGGAGAGGAGCGCCCGUGUCCGAUCUCAGCUGAGCUCUUUAUUAUUAUGAGCUGAAGAAAUCCCGCUGUGCUAUGAUGGUUUGUGCGCAGUGGAACGGGUGAGCGGCCCUUGACGUGUGUGGUGGUGUUAGACUAGAUUCAGCCCGUAGUUGAGUGUUUUCUUCGGACUAGAGCGUGGUUUAAUCCCCGUAGCUCCCGGCUCGGUCCUCGGAGUUGCUGCUUGGACAAUGACACUGGUGUGUUUCUAAUUUUGUGCUGGAAUAGCGAGACAUGUGCGCCAGAAAGGCUGCGUCUCGUCUCGCCUAAAAGCGGCCGGCGCGGCCCGGAGCGACUCUUUUUUACUCAGACUGAGACCGGAGGAGGAAAAGGAAGACGCACCAUGUUCGAGUCCUCGGGAGUCCCCCUCAUCCUGCUGGACAUUACCUGUCUCACCCUCGUGGGACUCCCGUUCUUCAUCCUCACGCCGCGGCACAGCCCGUUCAAGCGGGGCUUCUUCUGCGACGACGAGUCCAUCCGCUACCCCCUCAAGGAGGACACCAUCUCCUACCAGCUGCUGGGGGGGGUCAUGAUCCCCUUCACGCUCAUCGUGAUCGCCUGCGGCGAGUUCCUGUCCGUUUACCUGUGCCGCGUCAAGCACCAGUCGCUGGGGACCAGGUACGCGGCGUGCGUGUACAAGGCCGUGGGCAGCUACGCGUUCGGCGCCGCCGCCAGCCAGUCCCUCACGGACAUAGCCAAGUACUCCAUCGGGCGCCUGCGGCCGCACUUCCUGGCCGUGUGCCGGCCGGCCUGGGAGCGCGUCAACUGCAAAGCCGGGGGGUACGUGGAGAACUUCACCUGCAACGGAGACAAGUUCCUGGUGGACGAGGCCAGACUGUCCUUCUACUCUGGUCACUCCUCCUUCUCCAUGUACUGCAUGCUCUUCCUUGUACUCUACAUCCAGGCCCGGCUGAGGGCGCGGUGGUCCAGGCUGCUCCGGCCCACCAUCCAGUUCUUCCUGAUCGCCACCGCCGUGUACGUGGGCCUGUCCCGCGUGUCCGACUACAAGCACCACUGGAGCGACGUGCUCGCCGGCCUGCUGCAGGGAGCCGCCGUGGCCGUUUUCACCGUUUCCUGCGUGUCCAACUGGUUCACGCAGCCAGUGGACCCAGUGGUGUCCCAGCAGGAGGAGGCGUCGCCCACCAGUUUACAGGAAAACCCCUCCAACGCCAACCACUACGGCACCACGGACUGAACCCGGCGCCGGGGGCGGGUCCGCGUCAGGAAGCGCCACUCGCCUGCAGGCUUGAGCCGCUGCCUGUGGUGUGAACUGUAACCUGCAGGAAUGCACCGCAGGCAGCGAGUACGCGCACUUUACUGAGCGACGAAGGCGAAGAGUUGCUGCCUUGUUUUGUCUUCAUCCCAACGCCGUUAAUCAUGGAAUGACAGAGACGACCCAGCAGCCUUUGAAACCUUCUCCUGUCUGCUUUUCUUUCUCGUUUUUUACGCUUGUCGCACUGUGGCUAGUAGCGUACGUUGGUCAGAUGCUGCCGCCGUGAAUGAAUGAAAUUCCUUCUCCGCCUGAAUAGAAUGGGCUCCUGUGUGCGCGCUGCAGGCAGCCUGGUAGAGAGCCUGGCACCUGUGAAGCAGAAAACCUGGGCUGUCGCUCCACACCAGAUCCAGAGUCAGCUCACAGACUGUACGUUGUGCUGACCUCGCUGCAGCCUGUGCGCUGCUACCGGCUUAAAUACAAUGAAUCAAAAUGUCGUGAGGGGGAAUUAUUACUGUUAAAAAGGACUGGUGUUGCAUGUGAAUGCUGCAUGGCUGCGUUUCAGAACAACGGGGGGGGGGUUUAGUGCCGGAGGGCGUGAAGGACGCAUGAGCUCUGAAAGAAAAGCGUUCGCUCUGUGUCUACGCAGACGCGGGGGCCAUUGAAGCCCCUCCUGACGCCUCUGGACCUGUUUGUUAUCAGGAACGCUGCGUUUAAGCACACGCAGCGCUUUGAUAAGCAGUUCACCACAGCUCUGGGGUCAGAGGUCAGCUCGUCUUCGGUUGCGCUCUGUUGUCUUGGAUAAAGCUCUGCUGUUCCCAGGCUCAGUCCCUUUCUGCGCUUGGAUUCUCAUGCCAUAACUGUGUAAUGUAAAAACCUGCUGUUGUCUCUCUGUUGACCCUGUUGAGCAAGUGCAGAACGUAGGUGUUGCCUAACUCAGGUCACUCUAUCUGCUCAUUUUGCAACACGCCUUCUGAAUCUACAGCUAAGUGCUCAGUUUAAUCAUAUUAUAUGCGGAUGGAAAAGUCAUUGGGGAAAAACUAUGCAUUUACCACUAAUAUAUGAAACCUGUCAUUACAGAAAUGAGUAGCUGAAAAUUAGGAGGGACUUUACCAUUAUGGGACUAGAUAUCAUGGAUUUUCUGCUGUUUCUCAUGAAAAUAUACAGUAUCAUCAUUCCUAUUCUUUUUCUUGUGAAAAUUCAACAGACAAUACACGAAGUCUAAAAUCA